AUGGAGCCUUCAGCCUCAUCAUUUGACGAGACAAACCAUCAAGAAAAGCAGUCCAUUAACCGAAAGAGAUCGGGCGACUCUUUAAUGGAGUCCCUCCAACCUAAGCGAGUCGAUCGCCCAGAUGAGACCAGCACAGUCUCAAUAUCAAUGCAAGGCGAGCUUGAAAACAUUUGCCAACAGCUGAUUUCUGAUAAAAGGCUCACCGCAAACGCACUUCGACUUUUCGGCAAGAUUAUCAAGUCUUGCUACUCACCUACCUAUGCGGUGAUCUUACUUGAUCCCCUUUGGCUGAACACGAGUGACAACACAAGCGAGUUGAAGCCCGAAGGUUUCGACGAUGCUAGCCAACUUGCCUUUCCCUGGAUAAACGUCUACCACUACGACUCGCUGCAGAACGAAGAGCGCUUCAUGGCUGUGUGCGCUCAUUUCCGCAAAUGGAUUGAGAAGUCUGAACUCGACUAUCACGUCAUUUUCAAAAAAGCGGCUUGCACUCAACCGGGAGACCUCACUGGUAUCUAUGUCCUCUCAGAACUACGCAACUUCCUUCAGUUCAAUCCAGCCACUGAAGUGACCAGUUCCGGCGCCGAGCGUAAUAACCUCGUCCGUCUGAUCAAAAGCGACCAAAACUUUGGUCUGGACGAAGAAGAUUCGAAGCUCCGUUGUGGUUUGAAGGAGAUGAUUGAGAAAGAAGAGCAUCGGGUAUGGAAGAACAUGAUGCAGUCGACAACGGAUUCGAUUGAUCGAAGUGAGACGCAGGCCUAUGAGAAACUGGAACAGGCGAAGGAGGAACUUUCUCACGCAGAAGAGGAGUUGGCCAAGGCGAUGGCUAGAAAGGAGAAUGCUGUUGAGAUUCGAGACGACCUCGCUGAUGCAUUCAACGUGGAGGGCCCUCAGACAAGGGACAGCAUCGCUAUGAGCAGAGUAAACAAGAUGAUUGAAAAGCUCGAAGUUCGUCUUCAGGAUGCCUUGGAGGCUGUCGGACACAGCCGCAGUAAGGUCGCUGCUGCGCAGUGGGAGGUGAAGAGAAUUGACCAGAUGGCUCGUGUGAGGUGGAACCUUGAGGAUGAAGAUGGAAGUUUGAUCAUAAGUACCUGA